UCCAUGGCCCUAGCGAUGAGUAUUCACCUCACGCGCCUCCCCCGCCACUUCCCUUUCCCUUCACUCUUUCCUCGCUUUCCUCGAAUUCUUAGCAACCCUUGUCAUCUCACUUCUCGCCGAAAACCACGUCGAACCUUCACUUUCUUCACCUGCAACUUCACCGUUGCCGCCACUUCCGCCACUUAUGGCAGGAAUGAUAAUGUUGGGGCAGAUAAUGAAAGAUAUGAUGUUAUUGUGGUUGGAGGAGGCCAUGCAGGCUGUGAAGCUGCCCUUGCAUCUGCUCGUUUAGGGGCAAAAACUCUUCUUCUUACUCUAAAUAUUGAUAGAAUUGCAUGGCAGCCUUGUAAUCCUGCUGUAGGUGGACCUGCAAAGUCACAAUUGGUACAUGAAGUGGAUGCACUCGGUGGUGAAAUUGGAAAAGUUGCUGAUAGGUGUUAUUUACAAAAACGUGUUCUAAACAUAUCAAGAGGUCCUGCUGUUCGGGCAUUGCGUGCACAAACUGAUAAGAGGGACUAUGCUUUGCAAAUGAAAAACAUUGUGGAGAGCUGUCCAAACCUUUCUAUUAGAGAGGCGAUGGUGACUGAUAUCCUACUAGGAAAGAAUGACAAUGUAGAAGGUGUUCGAACAUUCUUUGGGAUGGACUUCUAUGCUCCUUCUGUUAUUCUAACAACUGGCACUUUUAUGAGCGGUAAAAUUUGGGUUGGUAGAACUUCUAUGCCUGCAGGGAGAGCUGGUGAGUCAGCUUCACAUGGACUCACUGAAAACUUGCAGCGCCUUGGAUUUGAAACUGACCGGUUAAAAACUGGAACCCCUGCACGUGUGGACUGUCGUACUGUAGAUUUCUCUGGAUUGGAACCCCAGCAUGGAGAUGAAGAGGUGAGCUGGUUUAGCUUUGAUCCUGAUUUCCAUAUUGAGAGGGAACAAAUGUGCUGCUAUCUGACACGUACUACAAAGAGCACUCACCAGCUAAUUAAAGAAAAUUUGCACGAAACUCCCACUUAUGGGGGGUGGGUUGAAGCCAAGGGACCUAGAUAUUGCCCCUCCAUUGAAGAUAAGAUUGUGAGAUUUCAAGAUAAAGAGUCUCAUCAGAUUUUUCUUGAACCAGAAGGUCGAAAUGUGCCUGAGCUCUAUGUGCAGGGGUUCUCAACUGGUUUACCUGAGAGACUGCAGUUACCACUCUUGAGGACAUUACCUGGACUUGAAAACUGUUCAAUGCUAAGGCCUGCUUAUGCUGUAGAAUCAAUGGAACGACAGGCUAUGAAGAAGCUGCAGCACAGAUAUUCAGAUGGUAAAUCCCUCAUUGUUCUUGAGAGGGAAAGCAGUUACAUAGGGACUUUGAUAGAUGAUCUGGUUACCAAAGACCUUCGAGAGCCUUAUCGAAUGUUAACAAGCCGCUCAGAACAUCGAUUACUUCUUCGAUCUGAUAAUGCGGAUAGUCGUCUCACACCUUUGGGGCGUGAAAUUGGUUUGAUAGAUGAUAGACGUUGGAAAAUAUACCAGGACAAGCAAGCUCAAAUUUCACAAGAAAAAAAGCGAUUAAGAACUGUCCGGAUUUCAGGGGGAGAUUUGGCUUCUGAUGUUACUCAUUUGUCUGGUCAGCCAGUGAAGGACUCCUCAACUCUGGAGAGUAUUCUUAAGAAACCGCAUGUACAAUAUAAAGUUCUGGAUAAGCAUGGUUUUGGAAAUGAACUUCUGUCCAAAAUAGAGAAAGAAUGUGUGGAGAUUGAUAUCAAGUAUGAGGGCUUUAUUAUGCGGCAGCAGAGCCAGCUCCAACAGAUGGCUCGUCAGCAACACAGACCACUACCAGAGGACUUGGAUUACUAUGCAAUGACGACUUUGUCCGAGGCUCGUGAGAAACUAUCCAAGAUCCGGCCACAGACCAUUGGUCAAGCAAGUAGAGUGGGUGGAGUGAGCCCUGCUGACAUUACUGCUCUUCUCAUCAUCCUUGAAACCAACAGAAGAAAAGCCCAGGAACAAAGAAGGUGCCAGAUGCUGACUUCCGUCAUGGUAGAUCCGGACAAAUGUAUUACUGCUCCUCUUCCUGAGACACUCAAUCCCCAGAAAAUCUGCUAGGAACUGUGGUUGCAUGCGGUGUUUGUCAGAUAUCUGAAAAAAAAAAUGCCAAAUAUUCGAGCAUAUAGAGCAGGGUGGUGUUGUCUUCCAAAGGAGCAAUCUGGACGGAAAGCAAUUCAAAGGAAAUGCAUAGAUAUUUGCAUGAUCCCCAGACAUAAGAAACUUGAGUGCCCAAUCCUGCUAAGUGAAGGUUUGGUUUCAUAAAAAAGGCGAGACUCAUUGCAUCUGCUUGGCAGUUGGCACUGCCAAUGAGGAGCGCAUAGGUUUGUAGGGAUAUCAUAAAGCAUUUUUCAUUUUAGAGAACCCCUUUUGGCUAGAGAUGUCUCUCAAAUGUAAAUGAAUUAUUGUUUAGGGCCCUUUUGAGCCAACGUUUAGAGAAUCAUGUUUGACUUUAUGUUUAAAAUAGUCUUUUGAUUCUCACGUGGAUGUCACAUAAUUAUUAUUACUAUUAAUUCUUUUUAAAAAAAAUUAAUUUAAAACCGCAA